AUGCAUUUCACGAUUAGUAUACUGAUAAUAUUUGUUGUUAAUACAAAUGCGAUAUCAUUUUUGCCCGAUGAAUGGACAGAAAAUAUGAAACAGUUCUUUCAACAAACACAACAAAAAAUUGGUGAAAAGUCAAAUCAAUUUUUAGAUGAGCUUAGCAGAAAGUUUGAUAGUGCGCAGAAUUUUGUUGAACAAUCAAAGAAUAUCUUUAGUACAGUUGCGAACAAUUUGAAAAAUAGCGGUGAGAAAUUGAAAGUUACAGUGAUGAAAACAGCCGAAACAACGUUACGUGGAGCUGGUGAUGAAGUUGAAGGUUUUUUUGCCGAAGUACCAAAUCGUGUCAAUGAUGGUUUUGAUGAAAUUAUCGCGAAACUUGGAGAAGUUUGCUCAUGGAUUUUUAGGAAUAUCAUUGCUCCAAUAUUAUUCAUUAUUGUACUAAUUGGUCUCAUUUACAUCUUCGUUGUCUCAGGAUGCUGUGGCUGUUGCUGUAGCACAUUGCUGUCACAUUUCGGUAUUUCAUUGAGUAACACAUUCAAACAGUUGAGGAAAGAUGAACGUUUGCAGAGAGGCGAUCGAGUUAUAGUAUUACGCGAUUUGGAAUCUUCCCUAUCGCUACAAGAAAGUGACCUACUCAAUAAUAGGCAAUUAUUUAAAAAUGCACGCAUUUUGAAGGUUUAA